ACAAUUCUAAACUCUUAAGCGAUGAAUAUUAUUAUAAGCGAAUCUUAGUCAAUUGCUACAUCCGUUCUGGUGCUGUCAGCCAUAAAAAUUUCUAUGUUAUUAUGAUUCUAUUGUAACCUGAGGGAUUAUUAUUUGAAAGCCAAUUCAAUCUAUACAUCUUGACAUUACGUAGCUGCAAUUCAUCAUUAAUACUCAGUUUUAUUAUAUUUAAUUAUAAAUUAAAAACAUGGAAAGUGCCAAACGACGUAGCGAAAAUCUGUUUAUAUCAACAGGUGGAAAUCAUUACUGGUACGAUCUUUUUCACAGACGGCCUUCCAUUAGAAGUAACAGACAGCACCUUAAUUCCAGGAUUCUGGAUUCCCAAUACUCUGGCAUUUAUGCGAUAUUGUUCUUUCUUUGUUUGUUUCCUUUUAAUUCCGGAAACCUGUUGCUCAAGACGGACCCACCUGAGGAUUCCUCCUCUAAAUGCAAAACUUUGCUGCCUGAGUGUGAAUGUGACGAUAAUGACUUAGUGGCCGGUCUCGUCUGUCAGAAUGUGAGCAACUUCGAUGCCUUCACCAAGAUUCUGAAGGAUGGAUCGUUGUUUGAGAAGUGGACGACAUACGAGAUCAAGUUGUCAGGCACGAGAAUCCUUCCGCAACAGUUCCUCAAAGGGUUGAUUGUUUACCGUUUAUUGAUCGAUGAAACUCUUACGGAAGGUCUGGACGAUGGAGCUUUUGAUGGUGUACUCAGGCUGAAGAAAUUCCAUGUGAGAAAGAGUUCAAUAAAGGAAAUUCCUGAUUUCUGGCCCAUCCGGAAUUCUUUGCGGAGUCUGAGCAUGAACAACAGUCUCCUCACCUCUAUCCACGGUGCCCAGCUCAAGAACCUGACGCAUCUUGAAACUCUGUUCUUCGCCAAUAAUUCCAUAAGACAUGUGGCGCCGGACGCAUUUCAGGGUACUAAUAAUUUGAUCAUCUUCGACAUUUCAUACAACCUUCUACGAUUCUUGCCGCCAAAUUUGUUCCACCCUAUGAAGAAGUUGAAAAAGGUGGUGCUUUCUUACAACUUCUUGUUGCACGUCGAUCAGCUUUUUGCUGUCACUCAUCCACAGUUCAUUUACUUGGACCACAACAAUCUGACUGAUCUAGACUCGGUGCUUCACGGAAAUAUGAACCAAGUGGAGGCUAUCCAGCUGUCCUACAACCCCUUCACCAAGGUGACGAUGAACUCUUUCAAUGGCAAACUGAUCAACGUUCGCUUCUUGUACUUGGAUCACUGCCUCAUCCAGGAGUUCAACGUGGGGCACUACAUUUCGCUUAACAAUCUGUCUACUCUCGAUCUGAGUUUCAACUUCAUCGAAAAGGUGAUCAAUCAGACCAUUUCCUUCGGGGAAAACAUCGAACUGGAUUUCACUGGAAACAAGAUUACAGAAUUUGAAGUUGAGUUUCGAAACAAUGUAAAGACAGUGUAUCUGAACAAAAAUUUGAUGACCACAAUGGGACGGACUAUACUGAUGAGCGGGAUGUCGCAGGUGUCGAUGGCCGACAACCGAAUCCAGACACUCGAGUUCGAGGAAUUCAGUGGAGUGAGCGGAAUCACGGCCAUAGAUCUGCAAGGGAAUUUGAUCAGAAAUAUCGAACACUUGACUUUUUUGAGCAUUAGGGAGGAUCUGGUUUACCUGGAUCUCAGCAGGAAUAUGAUUCGCAAACUGAAUGGUUGCGUUCAGUCCCUUUCCGUACUCACCUCGCUCAACCUCACAAACAAUCGGAUAGAGGGCUUUGAAGUAGGUGAAUUUUAUGGACUCGAUGACCUAAAAGAUCUCUAUCUGCAAGGUAACCGCAUUAGGACGCUCGGCUACGAGGUACACGGACUCAGCCGACUCAGAAACCUCGUUAUCAGUCACAAUUUGAUUCGCAACAUCAAAGGAGACCAGCUCCCACCAAAUCUCCAGUAUGUGUACGUCGAGGGCAAUCCGUUAUGGUGCGACUGUCAGCUUUUGCCUUUCCUUCGGCAUCUGAAUUCCACAAAGAAACUAAAGACGGACGUACCACUCUGCAUUCCUCCGAACGAUACCUCUCCGGGGGCAUCCAUUGACAAACGUCCGGGCACCCCAGCUCGAUGUCCUGACGGUUGUAGAUGCUUUUGCAAGAACAAUGGGGACAACUACUAUAUUUUUGUAGAUUGCAGCAACAAUGGUCUCACAGAAUUGCAGCCGCUUUUUGCUGCUGCUAACUUUACCACGCAAGAACACAAAUCAACAUCUCUCACGAUCUUUCUGCCACGGAACACGGAUGAGAAUGCUUUCUUUUCUGAAAGUGUCCCCUUCGUCAUCCAAGACGAAAUCAAGGGUUUGGAUUUUUCACACAAUUACCUGAUGUCGGUGGAAGACGCUCGUCUUCCCGAAGGUACGAAACACCUCCGCCUGGCCCACAACCUCUUUCGUCAGCCUCCCAUCUCUUUGCUGAACUCCCUGCAGGAGCUGAGAAGAGUGACGCUGUCAAAUAAUCCUUGGACCUGCGAUUGCGGUACCUCUGUCUUCAAAAGUUGGAUUGAGAUCCACUCCACCUUGAUUCCAGACAUCAAUGAAACUCGAUGUGGCCCUGAUGAGCAAGAUUCACCCAGACUGGCCAACCGAGCCAUCUGGACUCUGUCAGACAUAGAACUCUGUCCAACGGACGUCGAAAUUUACGUCUCGGUUUCCCUCAGUGUUCUUGCUGUCGUUGUGGUGGCUUCUGCUAUGUCGAUUGUGUGGAUUCGAUACAAGACACCCAUAAAGGCCUGGCUAUACGCUCACGGAAUGACCUGGGUCAAAGAGCAGGACAUCGACCAGGACAAGGAGUUCGAUGCUUUCUUCUCCUUCAGCUUUGAAGAUUGGGCUGUGGUCUUUCCAGAUAUCUUUAACGUGAUCGAGAAAAAAGUGCCGAACAUCCGGCUGUGCUUUCCUUGUAGGGACUUCCGUCCCUGUAAUGAAGACAUUUACAGCGAAAUUGUCAGAUGUUUGGAAAGUUCCAGACAGACAGUUCUCGUUCUUUCCAGGAAUUUUCUCAAGAGCGAAUUGUGCAUGUUUCAGUUCAAAACCGCGCAUGUGCUUUCACUGAAAGACCACGGGCACAGGAUCAUCAUCAUCAAGAUGGGAGAUCUUCCCAAAGAGAAAGAUUUGCCUAAAGAGAUUCAGAUAUAUCUGAAGAGCCAUACGCGUCUCACAUUGGGAGACAGGUACUUCUGGUAUAACCUGCUCUACUGUCUGCCUAAGGGCAUGAAGUCGAAGAAACCAGUACCUGUCUGAUAAAUCACUGUCAUAAGACAUCAAAAGACACAACCACCAUUUCGAAUAAGUUCUGUGAUAAUAUUAAUGUUAGUAUUGUACCUUAAAAAUGUCUUUGGUUGAAAUGAAUUUAUCUGUAUUUCAACCUUUUAGGACAUUUAUUCAUCGUCUUGAAAGUUUCUAGCAGCCGAUAAUCACUAAAAUAGUCUUCAAUGAUAUUACACUGAAGAGCUAGAAAAACUGGUACCCCAAUAUAAUAUCUUAUAAAGUCCCUACGAGAACUCAGAAGUGCCGCAACACGGCGUGGCAUGGAUUCAACAAAUUUGUGAAGAUAUUGUAGAGACAGUUCGCACCAUGAUUCCUGCAGGGCAGUACACAAAGCUGUGGGAGUGCUAGGUGAUGGAGACCUCCUAAAAAAGGGGAGGGAAGUACUGAGUAAGGGGAACAUAUCUGGGACAUUGCGGUACAUCCCAGAUAUGCUCGAUAAUGUUCAUGUCAGUGGAAUUGGGUGGCCAAAAGAGGGAACGAAAUUCAGAGAGGAGAAGAGUGCUCCUCGGAAUAGGACAUGAAUGAAUGCAGUUGAUCAGAACGUAUGUUAACGUACGGAUGACAUGUCAUGAUCGUAUUCAGAUCUAUCACCGGUUCCAUUUCAUGCCAACUGUACACCCCCUAAUAUUAUCACAGAGCCUCCACCAGCUUGGGCAGUUCCCUGUAAGCAUAAGGGAUCCAUAGAUUAAUGGGGCUUUCUCCACAUCUGUGCACGGCCGUCCGCCCGAUACAAUUAGAAACGGGCCUCAUCAUACCAGACAGCGUUUUCCCAUUUAUUAAGAGUCAAAUGACGGUGCUGGUAACACUCUCAAGCGAAGCGCAGAGUUUUGUGCCGCUGAGUCAACAAUGGUACACGAGUUGGUCUGCAGCUGCGAAGGCCCAUAUAAAUUGGGGUACGUGUUUCAGGAUUGUUUUUGAUAAAGCCAAAGAACUAAAGUAUAUGGAUGGCAUUUUAGAAAAUGUAAAUGCAUCUCUUGGUUUUAAUGAACUUAAUAUAUUACUAUUGGGCACUGAAUAUGCUUUCGAAGAUUUGUCAUUAAAUCCUGUUUUACCGGAUGCUGGUAUUCCUUUAUCUUCAAUGGAUGUCCCAGAAAUUCUAAACUAUUCCGCUUCUAUGGGCAUUCCCUAGAAAAUCAAAUCACCCCAGUUAAAUCUCAACAUUUAUCUAGAAAUCAUGGGUUAUACAGAUAACCAAAAUGUAUUUCAGGAUAAUUCCGAAAAUCUUGUUUGCCAGAAAGAUCCGGAUUAUGAUAGCAAAUAUUUACAAAGUGUCUUAGAUAAAACAUACAAAAAACCUGGUCCAUGUGACAGUGAUCAUAACUAUACUGCGAAACAUUUCCUAAAUGUCUUGUAAAAAUGUAGACAAUAUUUAUUGUCCCUGUACAGAAGAGAUAGCUACGGAAUGUGAAAACCGAAUUGACCCAAAGCGUGUUCACAUCCAGCCUUCAGAGAAACCCUAUGUUUGUGUGACUUGUGGUGUCAGAUUUCGGCUGGAAACUACUGUCCGUGGCCAUCUACAAAUUCAUUCAAGAGAAAAAUUCUAUCAAUGCAGGUACAAUUCCCGAUACAGAAUUCUUGUCGAGCAUUUAAAUACUCAUACAAAGGAAAGAACCUUCGUUUGUCUGCAAUGCAGUAAAGCAUUUGAAUGCAAAAUUUCGUUUACAAACCAUGCCGUAGUACAUUCGGGGAAGAAGUCACAUAUCUGUGGGAGAUGUGGUAGAGGAUUUUCUACGAGACAAACACUUGUGGUACAUUUACGUACACAUACUGGAGAAAGACCACAUGUGGGCAAAACAUGUGAAAAGGCUUUUAUACAGAAAAUUUCUCUAACUUCGCACAAAAAACAACAAGAUGGAAUAAUUACUUAUGCAUGUAAAGUAUGAGGCAAAAAAUACAGGAGGAAACAUCUUUUUGAUAAACACUGUCGAAUUAUUUGAAUUAUUAUCCAAUUUUUAAUACAACUGCAACUUAACUCUUUCAAGACCGAUGAGACAUUCUAAGUAAACGUUAAUCUAUAUAUUUUUUUAAAAAAUGGUUUCGAAAGAGUUAAGGCAUUUUUAUUUUAAAAGUUUAAAUUUAAAUUAAACUUCUGGAGUAUUUAUAAUUCCAGAAUCUACGUGAAUUAUGCAUUUUAAUA